UCACCGCCGUUAGGGAAGCAGCUGCGGCUACGUCAGGCGCGAGUGUAAGCCCAGCUGCCGCUUAGCCCCCGGCCCCUCCCGGUCACCGCCGUCAGUCGGGGGUCCGCGGGGUCUACGGUCACCCUGCGCUCCAGGCACCGCACCGGGCAAGCGGCGACACCGCGUCCAUGGCCACCGCGGCGGCUCCGUCAUCCUUGGCUCUCAAAGCCUCGAGCCUGGCCGCGGCCCCCGGCUCGUACGGGGUCUUCUGCAAGGGGCUCUCCCGCACCCUCCUCGCCUUCUUCGAGCUGGCCUGGCAGCUGCGCAUGAACUUUCCGUACUUCUACAUCGCGGGCUCCGUGGUCCUCAACAUCCGCUUGCAGGUACACUUUUAGAGCACUGAGGAAGCCGCCGGUAUCCCGGGCCUGCAUUAUGGCGGACUCCCAGGAGGCCGCGCGGCGCCGCGGAGCUGGGGGCGAGGAGUUCCGCUGUCUCGCGAGAGUGCCUGGGCUCCCUCCGCGGCUGUGCUCUCCGCUCUCAGCCGAGCUCCUGUACUGUCACUGAGACCUUGCCGAGAUUAGGAAGAGGAAAUACGCGAUUCCGGGAGCCGAGAAAGAACUUCAGCUAAGACCCACGACAAUAUUUAAGAAGCUGUGCAUCCUUAAAACAAAAACGGGACGAACAGGCUGCAUGACAAAAAGGGAAAGGUACUAAAAUUUUCAGGACAAAAAUGUACAACAAGCUCAUGGUCCAUAUUAAUUUAAUAAAUAAGUAAAUUUCGGGAGUAUGAGACUGGAAUAUAAGCAGACGCUGAAUGAGUAAGAAGCUGGAGAUCUUAAGGAUAUGCUGUGGAGGGCAUAUAUUUCUUCAUCCCACAAGAAAAAACAAUGACGAUCAGAAGCUUUCACUGAAAAAAACUGCACAGGAAACACAUCCUUCAAAUACCAAACAAUGUAAAAUGCUGCAGGAUUUUGAACAGAGGGAGUGUAAGAAAGUGGACUCUAUUUCAGUGUCCCUAUGAGUAACAUGCAGUUCAAAAUCUUGGAGCCAAAGAAGGAAAUCCAGUCAUAGCACAAAGCUUGGCGACUUAUCGAAUAACAUUUAAAUAAUCGUAAUAAUGUAAAUGCUGUUGAUGGUUUUCAUCUUCUUAAGAGAAUACUUACAGUUACAAAGUUUGAAUGCACAUGUUAUCAGCCUUGAUGGUGUAAAAGUGAGGGUACCUGGAAUGGUAAUGGUGUCUUUUAAAGUGGGAAGCUGAGAGGAAAAUUCUGUUGUCGAUGGGGGAAGAGGGCAUUUUAUUAUUAAAGAGUAGCCAUAAAAUUGCUUAAAUGUAACUAUAUGAAAGAGAGAAGAGGAGGGGAGAACAGCAUGAGGUCAACAAGAAAUGCCUAGAGGUUAGAGUUAGGGUGGAAUGUUUCAGAUUACCUGAUGUAUUUGGAGUCAAGAGAUUUUUAGAUUUCAGAGAGUCUGGAGACGAAUUAGUGGUCUGCAAAAUUUUUUCUAAUUAAGGAAGCAAAGCUGAGGCAGUUAUAAACCCCGGGAAAAAUAAAAAAGUUUUUCAAGAACUACACUGUAUAACUCCACUGUGAAGAAUAUUACUACUCAUCAUAUAAAGCCAGUUUUAAUUAUAUAAACACUGAAUACAGGUAAAUUAUUAGGUAACAUUGGAACGACUGGAGAAGAGAGAGAUGUAUAUGUAAUGGGGGAGAAUCAAUCAAGAUCUGAUAUAGAAAAGUUGAUUUUAAAAAAGCAGUAUAACUUGUCACUUAGAAAGAGUACAAUAAGAAAUAGCUAAGAGUUAAAAUUGGUAGUCUCUGGAGAAAGAAAAUCAGGGAUAGACAGAAAGGUGGAGGACUGCUGUUUUUCACUACCAGUCUAACAGUAACGGUGAUUUUUCUUAGCCGUGUGUGUGUGUGUGUGUGUGUGUGUUCGCGAAGAUAUAUCUAUAUAUAUAUAGAUAUAGAUAUCAGGCAGACCUCUGUUAAAAUACAAACUAAUUUUGUGGUCCAGGUGAGCCCAUUAAUCUGCCUAAACCCCAGUUUUCUCAAUUCUAUUAAAUGAGAGUAAAAAUACCCACCUUGAAAGAUCAGUCAAGAAUUAAAAAUAAGCCUGACUUAGUGCUUGAUACAUACCGUACACAGUAAAGAGUAUUUGUUAUAACAGAAUAUUUCAUCAACUUGUGAAUAAAACUUAAAACUCUCAUAUGGAGUGCCUGCUUUUCCAUUGGAGAGUUUUAGUACUGAAGGAGGUUUGUAGAUUACUGACAAUGGGGGUGUAGGGAAGACCCUCCAGGAAGAGACAUUUGAGCUGAAAGGGGCAAUUAUUUGCCAAAGUAAAGAUUUAAACUAUUUGUAGUGUUCUGUAUUCCACUAAUUGUAUCCAACAAACAAGUGUACUCUAGGAAUAUAAAAUAAGUGCCCCCUGUA